AAAUAAAAAAGAUAAACAGUCAUGGCGGAUCCUCAACAUGAGAAGGACGUCGUCGGUGUUGUGGAAGGUGAACAUUCCGAUUCAAGAGAGCAUGUUUACCUCCAGGAAACAUUUUAUAUACUCUCCAAAAAGAAUGCAAUGUUUCGGGUUAGACUUACAUCAAAAGGAUUAUCAUUGAUAAAGGAGGCCGAUGGUAGUUCGAAGGAACAGACAAUACUAUUGCGGGAUAUAGUCGGAAGCAAAUGCAUGAGGAGCAAAAGACGACGUCCUGGUGCGGGUUCAUGUGUCUGCAGUUCGUUUGUAGGUGCCCAGCAGCUUAAAGUCGUGGACGAGAACAGUGGAGAUCUAGAUGAAAAUGAUGUCAGCGCAUACCUGUAUGUUUACGCUUACAUCUUGAAGCGUAGCCGCCGUAACUUAAAACGAGAGCGUACUACAAUAACAUUACGCUUCAGAUCAUACGACAAGUAUGAAGAUAAUAACAAGGAAGCCCAAAAAUGGAGAGCUACGCUGAAGUGUUUGAUAGGUGGACAUCCAAUUACAUACACACCGCCUAUAAAUGAUAAAAAGUUGUUGAUUCUAUUGAAUCCUAAAUCUGGGCCUGGGAAAGGAAGAGAGUUGUUCCAGACGAAAGUGGCAACUUUAUUGCAGGAGGCCGAGGUGCCUUAUGACCUGCAUGUAACAAAGUACGCUCAAUACGCGCGCGAAUUUGUCAGAACAAGGAAUGUUUACUCCUGGCGUGGUAUUGUGGCAGUGGGAGGCGACGGAGUUCUCUUUGAGGUUCUAAACGGAAUGUUCGAGCGACUGGACUGGCAACAGGCGCUUUCUGAAGUUCCUCUGGCUAUUUUGCCCUGUGGAUCAGGCAACGGCUUGGCAAAAAGUAUUUGCCAUCAAUUCAAUGAACCGUACAUUCCCCAAAACCUCACUGGGCUGUCCAUGGCGCUAACCAGAGGUAAAACAACGCCCCUGGAUGUAGUUCGAAUAGAGACGAAGACGAAAAUUAUGUUCUCUUUUCUCUCUGUCGGCUGGGGACUGCUUUCGGACAUCGACAUUGAAAGUGAACGGUUACGAGCAAUCGGCGGCCAGAGAUUCGCCGUUUGGGCACUGGCGAGGAUACUAGGCCUGAGGAAGUACAAAGGAGUCGUUAGUUACGCGAGGAUCAAGGACCUGAGUAAUCUUCCCAAGCCCAAACAGCCGCUCACUCUCAGCCACAGCGUGAGUCAGGACGGCGCGUUAGAUUCCCCCGAUGCGGAAGCGUUUAUAGAUUGCGAUGAACGUUCAUCCGACAUGUUCUCCAGCGCCCUGAACGGUAAACAUCAACGGGUCGACUCGUGGUAUUCGGUCAAUUCUCGAAGGAGCGCAUUCUUCAGCACCAGAGGUUCGGAAUACCACAGCGUGACGAGCGAGAACUCCGAGAUGCGGUCGCCGGUGCACGUGUGCAUGCACGGCCCCGCCUCACAUCUUCCCUCGCUCAUGUCUCAGCUGCCGUCGCACUGGACACAAGAGGAAGGAGAGUUUAUCAUGGUGCACGUUUCGUAUCAAUCCUAUAUCGGCGAGGACUUUCUGUUCGCGCCGCGCUCCCAGCUGUCAGACGGCAUCAUGUGGAUGCUGAUCAUCAAAGCAGGAGUGUCAAGAUCACAACUCCUGUCGUUCCUUGUCAACGCAGACCAAGGUUUGCACGCAGAACACGACACGGAGUACAUUAAAAUGGUUCCUGUCAGUGCAUUUAGGAUAGUUCCCGAGGGUUCCGAAGGCCACCUGACCGUGGACGGGGAGCUAGUGGAGUACGGCCCGAUACAAGCGGAAAUAUUCCCCAAUAUAGUAAAUCUCUUAGUGCCGGACACUCAGUAACGUCCGAAAUUAGUUGAAGGUGAUGCAUUGACUGAAUUUAUUUAACGAAAUAAAACCGAGCCCACGAAAGUGCAAUACAAAGGAAUACUAUAAUAAUAUUGCCAUUAAAUUAAUUAAAUGGUUGUGCCACAAUAAUAUCUAAAUUAGCUAAGUACCAAAAUUUUUAAUUGAUUGAUGAAUGAUCAUUCCGUUAUACCUAAUUGUUAUUUAAAUUGAUUUAAUAAUUACAUUUAGUCGUGACGGGGAUAAAAUAAGUUUUCAUUGAUUGAUUUAAUAUGCUGAUUGUGAUAAUUUUAUUAUAAGCGAUACAUUACAAAUUACUUGAAUUCACAUUUACUUAUAUGUCGGCUACUAGUCAAGCUUCCUAAACGCAAAAGUGCCAAAAUUCUGCACUAUAAUACGUUACUGUUAUACAAUAACGUUGGUUGAAGUUGUAAAGGAAUUGAUGAAAAUUAUAAUUUAAAUAAGAUGCUCAAAAGAGGGCAAUAUACUACUUACUAUAACUUGAUCUUAUUUAUUUAUAAUGCUUAGCUAGAAGCUUGUGCAUUAUUGUUGUUGCAUUUCUAUAAUUUAUUUAAAUAUAAGAGUGUUAUUUGGUUUGUAUUUUAGUACCAGCCCACGUAGCAAGGCCCGCGCGACGCCGAUUUUAUUGCGCGAAAAACUGUCGCUGUUUCGUUUUUUUUUAUGACUUAAAACGGGACAGCGAUAAGACGUCGCGCGUGCUAUGAAAAGGGGGCAGGGCUGCCUUUGAUAUUGUAUUUAUUUAUACUUGUUUUUAAAUCGCACUAUCUAUUUCUCUUAGCAGAUUAGCCUUCUUGGCAUUUUUUGUUUACAAGCGUACAGCAAUUUGGCAUGGUAUAAAUUUUAACGGAACAAAACAAUCUAUUUCCACGUAAUCAUUUUUUCCGUUGUCGGUGAACGGGCAUUCGUUUUAAGUGUCGCUCAAAAUGGAGGAGUAUAAAAUUGUCCCAAAUUCCAAUACAUUUGAGAACACCCUGUUGUAUUUCAUAGUUACUUUUAAGAUUUACUCCAAAGUGCAAAAAAAGGUAUAGAUUAAAAAAAAUCCUUAUGUGCACUGUUUUAUCCUAAAAAUACAUAUCUGUUUGUACUGAAAAACAUUUAAGACUUAAUUUUUGGUGUUUAAUUAUUAACAAUAAAUGAAUUAGAUUACUUCACCUUACAUACAUAUGUACUAAUUCUUUAAAUUUUUAUAAAUCGUAAAAUUUUUGUGUAUACUUUUGUUCGUAUUUGCUUUGUCAACUUUACCUAACAUUCCUAAUAAGAUGAUUUUAUCACAAUGUAAGUAUUUAGGUAGUUCACAUUUUUUAAAAAAAUAUUUGAUCAAUAACUAGUUUUUAAGUAUAAUUUGGGUUUGGGUCCCUAACUACUUAGUAGGUACUUAUAAGAGGUAAUUUUACAAAAAUAACCAACUUUAUUUGAAAUUGAAUUUCAUUUUUGGACCAUGAAAGAGUCUUGUUUGGUGUAUAGUUCUUGCGUUCAAUUCACAAGGUCUUGGGUUUAAUUCUUGCCAUGAUGGAAUAUUGUUAUAUCCUAAUAUUGUAUGAAUUAUCAGUAUUAUUGGGUUAGUGCCGAAAGUCCUAUUUGUAUAGUUGAGUUAGUUGGUUUUUUCUACACUCGAUACUGAAUCAUGAUACUAGCUCAAUCUUCCUGGUUUUAUUAUAUAUUUAAUAGACUUUGUCGACAAUUCAACAACUUGAAUUGUACAUCGUUAAUCCGCAGGGAUCACUCCAUCCAUUUAUUUAGAAGUCGUUGACGGUGAGUAAAAAUACCUCUUCAAAAAUUUCAAAUGUAUAUAUAAGCCGGCCGGAAACCACGAAAUAAGCCAACCGUGCUACAUGCCAAAUGUUUUAAUGCAUGCAUGCAAGGGCAUGUAAGCUGUCGUUAACAUGCUGUCUUUAGCAAAGUUGAAGUCAACCACUGAAUGUAAUCAAAAAUAUUCUCUGAUAAGACAGAAACAGAAUUUGUAUUGUUUAACUGAGUUAAUGCUCUUUUUUAAUGAUUUUGCCAGAUAUACAAUAGCAGUGUUAAUCAAUUAAUAUAUCGUUUAUAUUAAAAAUUUCUGUGAUAAUAAUAAAUUUCGCCAUAGACAUUAAUUCCGAGAAUAGAUCACAUAUAACCCCAGUUAAUGCCUAAUUUGUAAUGUUAUGUUAUUUAUUUUGAUAUGUGAUAACUUUUUUUAUAUACUUAAUUUAUAUGUUAAUAAAAAAUCGUAACUAAAAUGUGAUUUAACAAAAAUAAAUGAAUUUUUGUCAAGUAGUAGAUACAAAAGAUGUGUUAUAAAAAAUUUCCCUAAUUAUUAUGCAGAUAUACUAGGGCUGUGAAAUAGUUUAGAGUAUAAAAGAAACCGGAAAUACGGUAAGUAUGCACAAAAUUGCAGAAACGAAAUAAAAAAUGAGUUACAAAUGACUUCUUCGGCUUUAGUCCCGGUUGCAUCGUUAUCACUCUGUAGAAGAGCUCAGGAUAUGCCUUUGACCAUGGAUCCUAGAUUGGAUUAGAAAUACUUAUUACCAUCUUAAUUAAAGUUAAAAAAUGUCGUCAUAAAUGCAAUCACUCUUAAUAUCCAGAUUCUAUCUUAGUAAUUUCAUUUAUCAGCACAGUAUAAGAAGCACAAAAUAUUUUCUUUUCAACAUUCUGUAGUGUGGAUAUCUUUAGCGCCAUGGUUUACCAAGGGGUUUUAAUAAGCAGCUUGCUUUUAAAAUUAAAAAAAAAUUGUCUGUUUUUUAAAAGUAGUUCUCAGCCGUGUUAUCAAUAAUAAGGGCAAUAUUUAGCAGAUACUGUAAUAAUCUUGUAUUGAACUUAAUCAGAAUAAAGCAGUAAUAAUUCCACAUAAUAUUGUUUGUUAGAGUAUGUCAUUCAUAUCUAUUAGAUUUUAAAAGUAAAUUUAAGGAAUAUUGUCAGGAUGAGGUUCUGUUUUCAUGUAAAAUUUGUUAUUAAACUAAUUGUAAUCUACCAAGCCUUGGCCGAGACAUAUUAUGAUAGGUCUUCUAUUUAUAACAAAUCACCUGCAUUGUUGUAAAAAGAAUGUUUAUGAAACUGUUGUUAAUAAAUAAUUUAUAAAAA